UGGAGAAGGAAACAAGGGAGACGACGACAGCUACAACACCAUUUUGAGGGAUACAAGCAAAAGAGAGGGAAGGGGAAGGGGAAGAAGAAGCAGAAGCUGUAGUUAUCAGCAGAGGGACUAGGACUCUGGAGGGAGACGGGAUUUUUCCACCUCUUCCACUGCACUCUUCUUGCUCUCUUCCGCACUGAUUUUCUGCCUCCCUCACCACCAUCACUACAAUCCCACUCCCCCCCAUCCCUCCUCUUACCUCCUGUCUCGCUUUCUCGCUCUCCCCCUCGUUCUCUCAAUCCACCACCACCUGCUGGAGCGCGCAGCAUCGGGGACCGAUUCUCUCCUUUUGAGCUACUGGCAUACCAGCGUACCUUAAGCGCUUGAGCUGGUCGUCAUCAACAUCGUUAGUCAUAGAGGAAGAGGAACAGUUUUCUGUAUGAAUGCUUGACAGCGUGCAUUAGUAGGGAAUGGGUAAUGAUCUCGAGUGAGUAUUGAGCAAGUAUCACAAUUUAAAGGGUGUUAAGGAGUUUUACAUUUUACGAUGCCUCCGAAGCGCAAGGCUCUCCCUGCUGCAACCAAGGAAGAGAAUGAAAAUGCUCCAGCGGUGAAAAAGCAAGGUCGUGCUAAAGCUUUAGCUCCCCCUCCACCUUCAGAGACUGAUCACAAAGCUGCCGUCUCUCCUGCACCACUGAGAAAAUCAGAAAGAAAGCCAAAGGUUUUAGUUAAGGUAGAGGCUGAUAAACCUGCAGCUAAAGCAAAACCUGUAUCUAAAGAGAAACUGGGAUUAAAGGAAAAGCCUGCAGCCAUUGCGAAAUCUAAUGAGAAGCCGCCACCAACAGAGAAACCCGCUCCCAAAACCAAAGCACCCCUCAAAGCCAAAGCUGCUGCUGCGAAGAAAUCUGCCCCAACAAAAACGAGUAAGAAGGAAGCCGAGGAAGAAGUGAGCCAAGGUGAGGAUCAUGACGGGACUGCAGCUCCUAAGUCAGAAGCUCCAUCAAAGAGGAAGACUGAAGCAUUGAAGAAACCUAACAAUGAAGCUGAAUCGAAGGAAAAUGGAAACAAGGGUCAAGAGGAGGGAGUGGAGGCUGUUAGGUCCAAACCUCCAUCGAAGAGAAAGGCUCCGACAGUGAGGGAAGCUAAGAAGGAAGCUGAAGUGAAGGAAAGUGUAAAUGAGGGUCAGGAGGUUGAAGUGUCUGCUCCGACAGCGAAAGCUCCUGCAAAACGGAAGGCUCCAGCAGCCAGGGGUGUUAAGAAGGUCAGUAAAGAAGAAGAUGACGAGGAAGAAAAAGAUGAUAAAUUAGACGAAGAACAAGAAGAAAAAAGAAAAGGUGAGGGCCAAGUCGACGAUGCUAUAGUCUCAAAAGCGAAAUCUCUACCCAAGAGAAAGGCUCCAGCGGUUAAGAAAAUGUCUGCAAUGGCGAGGGGAGCUAAGAAAACGAAAGAAGAGAACAGUGAAGAUGAAGUUGAGGAGGAAGGUGAAGAGUUUAUGGAGGAAAUUGAAGUCCCCAAAGUGGAAAUUCCUGCAAAGAUAAAGACAUCCCCAACUAAGUCAGACAUGAAAGAAAAAGAAGAACAGGAAUCUGAAGACGUGAAGAGCGAAGACGAGAAUAAAGAGGAAGAAGUGUCUAUUCCCAAAGCAAAAUCUCCAGGGAAGCGAAAGGUUGCACCAGCAAGGGCAGCAAAGAAACCGAAACAAAAUGAAAAGGAAACUGAGAAAGUGGAGACCGCAGACGUUGCUGGAGAAGAGGUAGCGGAGGAAGCUCCCAACUUUGAUUUCAAAGCCACGGAGGAUACGGAUGGAAUGAAGAAGUCGGUCAUUAUUGAGCACUGCAAACAGUGUAAUUCCUUCAAGACACGUGCACUGAAAGUUCAAGAUUCUCUGAAGGCAGCAAUCACAAGUCUGAAAGUCUCAAUCAAUCCAGAGAAGCCGAGGAAAGGUUGCUUUGAAAUCAGGGACAGUGAAGGGAAUAUCUUUAUUUCACUGCAGGAUAUGCCUAGACCAUUCACCAAGCUCAAAGCUCUUGACCUCGGUCAAACCGCAGCAGAUAUUGUCGCAAAGUUGACUUAGACAAUCUGGACAAUAUUGUACUCUGAUGCUAAAUAGAUACCCCGCUCGUAAGCUUGGUUUGGAUAUCGAGUUUUUGAAUUUUUGAAUUUUUGGAACUUAAAGUGGAGUCAUUCACAAGCAGAUUCAGAUAUUUAGCCUUAGAUCUAAUUUUUAGUUAUGAGAGUUUGGGUGUAUGAUUUCCCACCUACACUCAUUCGGUUGUAGUGCUUCUCGUGUUUGGCUUGUGAUUAAUUUAGCAGGUAGAUGUUGUGUCAGAUGUUAUUGGGGAGGGAAUUGUAGAUUUGGUUUCUAGAUGCAAUCAUGAUGCAUACCCCAUUUGACAUGUUUCGUAGAGAAGGUUAAUUACUUGUCUGGGAUCUGCACGAGCUAGCUUUGUUCUGAGAAGAUACAUUUACCAGACAUAAUGCUGAGGAGGCUCAUGAAGUAUUCAAAGUGAGGGAUUUUAUGUUUUGUAUUUCAGUUUCUGGUCGUAGUGUGUUGGAGUCUUCGUAGAAAAGGGCAAGUUUCCAGGGCAAUUUUUUUAGACGGAACUAGAGGGGAACCCAGCUUUAGAAGAUCGUUGUUUGGCAGUCCCUAUCUAACUGGUAGUUGCCUACAAUCUCAUUUAUAUCUGAGAUUGUCUAACAUUACAUGUACAGAUAGAAUGGUCUCUACGCAUGAUACGAUGUAGCUCUGCCCACAUAGAUUGAGGGAGAAUGAGGCAAUAUUCUGAACCUCAAUAUGUCAGUCACAUGAUACCAUCACCUUCAUCGGUGUUAUUUCUCAGCGUUGCGAAAUAUCAGAAAAACUUACAGGUCUGA